AUGGGCUUUCUGCUGCAUCUGCUGAUUCUUGUCGAUCCGUCGAUAUGUUCCGGAUAUUUUAAUCCAGAUACCACCGACUACCAUGCUUAUGGAUUGAAAAUGGCUGCUAACAAUCUUAUCUUAGUUGAGUCACAGCCUGAUAACACUGCAUUUUUCAUCCCAUUCCCACCCUACAACAAUGUAUCUAGCGGCCAGCAAUGUUCCCUUGACUAUGACGAUGGCAAUGAUUAUGUUUAUUCGGUAGGAGUCGGGUUUCAAGCAAGUGACAGCAACUUUUACGCGAUCGGUCAAGUCGUCACUGGAAACGGGCAGAACGCUGAUCUGAGUGGAGGCAAUGCAACAUUCAUUGCUUAUUAUAAUGCUACAAACUACCUACAGUGUGAUCAAAUUGCUCGUGCUAUAAUUAGUGAGAUUCCUUUCCUACCAGAUGAUUUUCUCGUUAUUGUGGUUCAUCCAACUGGACAGUUUGCACUAGGACUGGCUCCAAAUUUUGCCAUCAUAUUUAAUCCAUCAGGUUCGCCCACACUGAUUACGAAAACUUCAAUUUGGUCGAAUAGCUCCUUUACCCCAAGAGCAGCAGACAUAGAUACCAAUUUUACUAUUGUAGCUGGUAUACGUGCUAAUUCAGCCUCUUCCAAUGUGCUUGCUAGCGUUGUUGUCUAUCUAAUCGAUAACACAUUGAGUCAUAUCUAUUCUACGUGGACCUACGUGCCAGCAAACAACAGCUGGCAAAGUCAAUUAAAGUUUUCGUGCUACGACAGCUGGUCUGUCAAAUAUACCAUGCCCGUUGAUAUCAAUAAUUAUAAUCCAACCCGUGUACUUGUCGGUGUUCCUUGUGUCAAUACUGUCUUUCAUUUUAUCGUAGGUGGCGGUGGAACAACAUUGAACUGGACAGACCAAAUAAGUAAUGCCAAUAGUGUCGGCUUCGGCAAGGGCGUUGCUUCGAUAGCAUCUGAUCAAGUUGCCAUUCUUGCAAACAUAUAUACAUCAACAUUCUCCUCUUGGCUGUCUUCCCAAAUUUGGGUUUACACACAGUUGCCCUCAACUAGCCUUGCCUCAACGCCAACAGCCAUCAUACCCAAUAGCCAACAACCUAUACCUUCUACUAUCAGUAGUGAACUUAUCAAUCUAGUAUCCACUCCAAGUGGAUUGGUUGUCUUAGACGUAUCUGGUGGAAUUCUCUUUAUUUUAUCGACUCCACCUAGCUAUUAUGCUUCGGCGGAUCCGAAUCUAGCACCGGACUCUAUUGCAAUACCAUCCAUUAGUACAACACAAAGUUGUCUUGCUGGCAUGAUGAAGACUGACACAGGACUUCAUCCCUGCUCUCUUUGCCCUAGGGGUUGGAGAAGCUCAGUAGGUAGUAUCAACUGCACAGUCUGUAAUGCAUCGGCAUUUUGUCCGCCUGGUGCUGUUGCUGAAUUGUCACAAACCGAAUUACAAACGAUUUUGCAAGCAUAUCCCUAUUACGAAAAUCCAGACACAACACUAUUUGAUGAUGUUCUUUUAAACAAUGUAUUUCACAUAGGUUCGACGAGGCAUUGUGUUGUUGUAUCACCUAUAUUCUGGACUCUGAUUGUUCUAAGCCCACUAUUGGCUCUUAUUGUCAUUCUAUUAGUGUGUCAACAGUGCAGCCGAAGUUCACAUGAUUCAGCGCGCAUGAAAACUAUAAAAAAGUGGUUCAAACGCACCGAUCUUGUAGCUGAAGGUGAGCACUGGAUUGGCGGAUUGUUCACACUCGCGCUUAUUGUGCUAUUGAUCCAAAUCUAUGUGUUCGCCAACAAUUUUGUGUUUCAGUAUCCGGCAGCAAGUGUUGGCAACAGCAACUUCGCUUGCGACGUUACAUUGCGAAACGCUUUGUACGAUUUGCUUAACAAUCAACAGUGGACUUUGAAUGUUAAUUUGAUCAAUACGGUAAUUGAUUGUUCAUCAAUAUCUCUCUGCGAAAUUAUCGGUACCUCAUCGAUUGCACUCAGUGUAGCAACAUGUAAGAACGUAAAUUCUGUAGUGAAAACGACUAUUGUCUUAUCGAAUGAUGCAGAACAGUUACAAAUAGUAAUCAACGAUAUCAACGUAAUUGGAGGCGUAUCAGUGGGUUUGACUGGUCCAGGAAGCACUGCGGGAAGUAAAUCGGCUUAA